CAACUUUGUAUAAACAAUGACAGAGCAGUAAAGACUCAACGUUACAUCUGUAAAGAUUAGUCGAAUUCAACUGAUCUUGAUAGACCUGCAGCCUGUGCCCCAGUGGAGAACUACAAUGAACGUUUCUUCAGGACGGGACUUUAUUCAGAAGAGUACAGAACUGAGAUGACAUCCCCUCUCCAGCCACCAAAAGCUUCACUCAACCCAGCUGAACCAUGCAAGAAGAAAAACAUCAACAUGACAGGUGACUCCAAACUUUUGAACGGCAGUGUAAAUCGUCCUUCCACCAGUGGCAGCACUAAGCACACCGCUCAGGGCUGUUCUGUUGUCAGUGGGAGCUCAUGCUAGUGAUGGACUACAGCCGGACGGACGCUAACCUUAGCUGGCUUUCACAAAACAGCAUUCCGCCUUACUGAGACCAGCUCCACAGAAUGCUGAGUCCUAUUGUCCCCUAUAGCCUGUUAAAGAUGCACUGGAACCCAGAGCAUGCCCAGCCCCUCACCCAGUGGCCAGAGCAGCACCUGGACGUCUCCUCCACCACCUCCUCUCCGGCCCACAAGUCGGAAUUAUACGCUCGUGGUCGCAGCGGUUACAACCACGCCUGGGCCAAUGAUGACAUCUCUGCUCUCACAGCCUCCAACCUUUUGAAGCGCUAUGCUGAGAAAUACUCCGGCGUGCUGGACUCCCCAUAUGACCGGCCACCUACUGUGGGCGCCUACCCAGAGCCGGGGGCCUUUGGGGGCCUCAAUGCCCCAAAGACUGAGCUGGAGCCCUGGCCACUGACGCACAGCACUGAUGCCUCCUAUUCCCUGGUGCCCCCUGGAGGCCACGACAGCCUCUCAGGUUCAAAGUCCUUAGCCACAUCUGCAGGCCCUCCAGGGGUUGGUAGUGUUUCGGGGGUGAACAGUAACCUCUCAGACUCGGGCUACAGUGGCAGCAGCUCCUGCAGUGGCUCCAGUGAGUACCCCUCUAGCUACAAUGGCACCUAUCUUUCCUCAGGGUACUGUCCCCAACCCGGUGCAGCACUUCCCCCUGCCUCCCUCCACACUCUCCAAUCCACCCCCAGCCUAGUGCCCAGCUAUAGCCCUACCACGCCUGUCUAUAAUUACCCCCCUAGCACAUACCCUCCCCAGACCAGCCUUGGCCCCAGCUACAGCCACCCCUCUGCAACUUACCUUCCCUCAGGUCUACCAGCCCCUACUCCCGUUCCCUCGAGGCCCACAGUGGUAGGAGGCAGCUACAGUUACCAGACCACCAACCUUGGCACAUCUGAGUCUGAAGGGACAUUAAAAAGAAAAGCAUUUGAGAUGAGUAUAGAAGAGGACGAGAGCGCAGAUGGGUCUCGUUACAGGAAAUAUAGCUAUGAGCCCUUGAAGGCCGGGGGAAACUCACCCUACAGUGUGAAUGACAAAACAGAGUGCCGGGGAAGUGGCUUCAGCAGUUCAGGCAGCACAGACCCUCACACCUUCAAGCCCAGUAAGCCCUCCUCCCAGCCCCUGGUGUCUCCUCAAUAUGGGGCAGCUGGGGAGUACAGCCCUCCGGCCGGCAUGACUGGGGAAAAUGGCGUGGCAGAGCAGGGCUUCAUCCAACAGCAGCAGCAGCACCGCUCCCAGGCCCACAAACGCCCCCAACUGUGUGCUCCAACUGUUGACACUAUGAAAAGCCCGGACCCCCGACUGUUGGACCUUGUCAAUGGGGAGUUACUGGACUGCAGCCCGGCGCUGGGCUGGGGUGAGCUGGCUGGGCUCACCCAUGUCAAGGCUGCUCUGGAGGAGGACCUGCUGUGGCCCGUGUUGAGGCCCAGUCCAGUGAUGCGGCCACCAAGAACCCUCCUGCUCUUUGGCCCCCGAGGAGGAGGUAAGACGACGCUGACUCGUUCUUUGGCCUCACAGUUGGGGGCGUCCUUCUACCGGUUGAGCGGAGCCAUGCUUGCCUCCAAAGGGAAGGCUGAGGCAGAGCACAUCCUGGGGUCUCUUUUGCAGGUGGCAGGGGCACGGCAGCCGUCAGUAGUGCUUCUCAGCCAGGUGGAGGCCAUGGAAGAGGAGGGGCUGAGGCAGACACUGCUGACCACUCUGGAGAAAGCCCAGGUGGGGACCACAGGUCUGGUGAUUCUUGUGUGUGCCACCGGAAGGCCAGAUCUGCUGCAAGAUGCUGUUCAUCGGAGCUUUGCCAAACGGUAUCAUGUUGGGCUGCCAGAUGUGGGAAUGCGCAGGCAGGUGCUGCUGCAGGCGCUGUCGCCCCAGGGCUGCAGCCUGAGCGAGAGGGAGCUGAGUGCUGUGCUGCAGCGCACAGAGGGCUUCUCAGUGUGGGAGCUGCUGCAGCUCUGCCAGCAGGCUCUCUCCUCAGCAUCCUCCCCCUCUGGGGCCAUGCAUGGCCACCACGCACCCUCCAAACCCCCAGCCUUCACAGACUUUGAGAAUGCCUUCUGCAAGGUGCGCCCACAUACCACCACAAAAGAACUGGACACUUGUAUAGAGUGGAGCAAGAUGUAUAACCACUGAGAAAGCAGCCAGUCACGG